UCAUUGGUUCCAACUAUGAAGGUCCUGACUACGGCGUUGCCUUUAGUUACCAGAUGGAAGCUGUUGUCAUGGGGACAGAAGUCGCCGCUCUGUGGCCGGGACAUGAUCACACGAAGCCAGUACGUGAGGCCGAGGCCUGAGGCCCUGCUCGGUCCGAAGAUGAAGAAACCUCAGAUCUGCUUAUGGAAGGACCUGAGCGAGCAUGACAUGGAGACGCUGGAGCGUGCGGAGGACCUGCACAGAGCUCUGGCCAAAGUGCUGUCUCUGGAAGGAGGCCUCGCUGAGCCUCGCACCUCCGUCCUGCUGGACCUGUAUUAUUAUACCCUGAGAUUCUGCUGGGAGUGUGGAUUUACCAGAGUUCAGACCUCCUCUUUCUUCUCCAUCAUGAAGGAGACCCACGCUGUCUGCCAGGGUAGCCCGCUGCUGAAUGAGGAAGAGUGCUACGUGUACUUCCAGCAGUUACUCCUGUGUCACGCAGUCCACCGCCCUCCGUUCAGCAUUAGUCUCUUCACGCUGCCGCAGGCUCUGCGUAUAUCCGACUAUUUCCUAAAUACAUAUUUCCGCCAAUUCAAGCUCUACAAAUAUGUCUUCACACCGCAGGUAAAAUUAGACCUUUCAAUUUCUUGUGAUGGGAUCUCGGAGUCUGAAGUGACAAGUGACCAAGGACCCGGCCUGGCUGAUACCACCAGUGAGGAGACUGGAGAGGUGCCCACAGCAGGUGGCUUCAUGGACCAGCAGGAUGAGAGCAGAGAAGGGUUAGGGCUGGAGAAUACUGACCAGCGGCUGGGAGAAGAGGUGGCAAAGCAACCAAACGGCCACAACCUCGCUGGAAGUGCUACAGGGUCACUGCGGGAGUACAUUGACCAGCGUCUGAGUGUGGAGAUGGGACGGCUGAAGAAAGAAGUGGAUGAGAAGUUGCACCAGACAGAAGAGCACUUACAAGGAUGUAUCAGAGGGAUGGAGGAGACACGAGGCCAGUCUGCCAGAGGAAAGAAAGGGGGGAAGAGACAAUCUGCUAAGGGAAAGUGAGGGAGAAAUCCAGACACCUCCAUAGCGUCAGUCCUGACUCCCCGCUAUGCUUAUUUCCCCCAGAUCAUAGAUGUGUGAAUUGAGUAGAUUGUUUUCCUAUUCCAGAGGUUCCCAAACGUGUUCCUCAGGGCACCCCAACGGUCCUGGUUUUAAAUGUAUCCAUGCUUUGCCACAGGUGACUUAAUUAGCACCUUAGUCAGUUUGAUUUAACCACCUGUGCUGAGCCAUGGAUAUACCUAAAACCUAGACUGUUGGGUGCCUUGACCGCGUUUGGGAACUUCUGCCCUAUUCUAAAGGCAGAUUGUGUAAUGUAAUACUGAUCUGAUCCUACACAUAAACGCCUUUCCCCCA